ACCAUCCAAAACCAGCACAACACAACACAGCACCACCACCACUGAGCACUCCUCUCCGUCAGAAACACCACGCAAGCAACCAUGUCCCACCAACACACCGCCUCAACAAGCGCGCCAUCCGACCAGCGUACCUACUUCGAGCAACAACGCGACGAGCUCGUCGGCGAAGUCGCCCAAUCCCUCGAACACGUCCUCGCAAACAUGAACAAGCUAAACCGCAACUUGGAGCAAUUGAUAGCCGUCGGCACUGAAUUCAGUUCUGUUGAAGCUCUGUGGUCGCAAUUUGAGAACGUCAUGCACAAAGAUCCUGAAGAAGCAGCGAGGCAACAGCAGCAGCAAGAUAGUGGGAGUGAAGAGGAGACGGAGAUCACGGUGGGCACCGAGGAGAAGUGAUGAAUGAAUGAGGCGUGUUUAGCAAAAUAGGGUCAGGCGUAUUGGUUUAUGAUACCCCAUAUAAGCAGUGACUACACAGGGGCGAGACAGAGAACGAGGUAUUACGGUAAAGGUGGAACGAUAUUAAGUCAAAGUCGUUAUUCUGUAUAGAACGCCACAUGAAAUGAAGCAAGAAGGAGAAUGUUCAUGUCGAUUGGUCGUCGCUCACAUGUUCAAUCCUCGCCUUUCUGAGCCCCU